UGGUCCCUAAAGAGUCUGAUUAUCCCCACAAUUCUUCUUUGAACCCAAACAAACAUAGAUUUUAUUCAAAAUUUCAGCCUUACAGUCUUUAUCAGUUAAAAACCCGGGUGCCUAAAUUGGUGUAAAUCCUUAGUGGAAGAAUUGUUUACAUUUAAUCUGAACCGUUUGGGUACUAAUCUUGUCCGUAGAUCAGACAUCUUAUCCAGUUUAGUGUUCGUCCCCAAAUUUAUAUGCAUGUCAAGCUGCUAAUUUUUCAUAAGACAGAGAGGAUUGAAACUAAUUAAGUAUUUGAAAUAUGGCGGCACAAUUCACACCCUGCCUUAGCCACCGAACCUGUCCUUUUCAAUUCCUCAUCGUCAUUUUUGGCCACCCAUUCCAUCUUCAUGUCCACCCGUUAAAUUUCUUAUCCUUAUGAGUUCUACACAAUAAAAGCCAGUAGCAAUUCAAGCUGCAGCUGUAAAUUGCACAGAUUGCAAGCAUUUCAGGCUUCCCUUCCUCACAGUACCAAUGUCGACCUUAUUAAUAACAGAUCUUCUCAACCUCGACUUGACUGACACUACAGAGAAAGUCAUUGCAGAAUACAUAUGGAUUGGAGGCUCAGGAAUGGAUUUGCGAAGCAAAGCAAAAAGUCUGUCAGGACCUGUGAGUAGCCCAAAAGAACUACCCACAUGGAAUUUCGAUGGAUCCAGCACUGGUCAAGCAACAGGGCAUGACAGUGAAGUCAUUCUCUGUCCCCAAGCUAUCUAUCCUGACCCAUUUCGGAGAGGGAAGCACAUCCUGGUAAUCUGUGAUACAUAUGCCCCAAAUGGCACUCCACUUCCUACCAACAAGAGGCAUGCAGCAGAGAAAAUAUUUAACACAAAGGAAGUUGCUGAGGAGGAGACAUGGUAUGGGCUUGAACAAGAAUAUACUCUGCUACAGAAGAAUGUAAAGUGGCCUCUUGGAUGGCCAAUUGGCGGAUUCCCUGGUCCUCAGGGACCUUACUACUGUGGAGUUGGAGCUGAUAAAGCUUGGGGUCGUGAAGUUGUUGAUGCCCACUACAAGGCAUGUCUCUAUGCUGGAAUCAAUAUUAGUGGAACCAAUGGAGAGGUUAUGCCAGGACAGUGGGAAUUCCAAGUGGGUCCUUCUGUGGGAAUCUCAGCAGCUGAUCAACUCUGGUGUGCACGUUACAUACUGGAGAGAAUAACAGAAUUAGCCGGUGUUGUUUUGUCCUUUGAUCCCAAGCCGAUUGAGGGAGACUGGAAUGGUGCUGGAUGCCAUACUAAUUACAGCACCAAGUCCAUGCGGAAGGAAGGAGGUUUUGAAGUAAUCAAGAAGGCAACAGAGAAACUUGGCUUAAGGCACAAGGAGCACAUUGCUGCCUAUGGUGAGGGCAAUGAAAGACGCCUAACAGGUCGACAUGAGACAGCAGAUAUCAAUACCUUCUCUUGGGGUGUUGCAAAUCGAGGAGCUUCAGUUCGAGUGGGCAGGGACACAGAAAGAGAAGGAAAAGGUUAUUUUGAGGAUCGUCGACCUGCUUCUAACAUGGAUCCCUACAUUGUGACAUCCAUGAUUGCUGAAACUACAAUUCUGUGGAAGCCAUGAUUAUUCCAAAGACGUAUCAACCUGGAGAACAGUGGUAGUAAAUAUGAAGUAUUUCUAGUUCAGCUGCUAUCAUAUAUGUAUAAUGCUAGAGCUAUCUAAAUUGUUCAAAGUAGUGUUAACUAUUCAUAAGCUGUUUGACAAAAGCAUAUCCUGCUUUUCAGACAUCAGAUCUGUAUGUAAACAUGUUGCAUUCAUUGUACUGGGACUAAAUUCCAAUUAAUGCAUAAGCAAGUCUAAUUGUUGUUUUCUGCUA